CGCCGGCUCACCGUGCCAGUCGGAAGUGCGGCCUCCUGAACCGGCGGUUGGCUGGGUAGCGGCUGAGCGCCGCUGAAGCUGUGGGUGGGCGUUGGAGCCCAGUGUGGAGGCCCGGCGCAGCCGCGACUGGCUAAAGUGGGUGGUGGCAGUGUAUGACUGAUAUUAAAGACAUGGUUUUCACCUCACUGCAUCAACGCACAUAGGUUUUCUCUUUUUGGAUCCCUAUCUUACGCCACAAUGCAGCAAGCCUUAGAACUAGCUUUGGAUCGUGCAGAGUAUGUCAUUGAAAGUGCACGACAAAGACCUCCUAAAAGGAAAUAUUUAUCUAGUGGAAGAAAAUCUGUAUUUCAAAAACUUUAUGACUUAUAUAUUGAAGAAUGUGAAAAAGAACCUGAGGUUAAGCAGAAAUUAAGAAGAAAUGUGAACUUGUUAGAGAAGCUUGUUAUGCAAGAGACUUUGUCGUGUUUAGUGGUCAAUCUAUAUCCAGGAAAUGAGGGAUAUUCUCUGAUGCUCAGGGGAAAAAAUGGAUCAGAUUCUGAAACCAUUCGACUGCCUUAUGAAGAAGGGGAAUUACUUGAAUACUUAGAUGCAGAAGAAUUACCUCCUAUUUUGGUUGAUCUUUUAGAAAAAUCUCAGGUUAAUAUUUUUCAUUGUGGAUGUGUCAUAGCAGAAAUUCGUGACUACAGGCAAUUCAGUAAUAUGAAAUCUCCUGGUUACCAAAGUAGGCACAUUCUUUUACGUCCAACAAUGCAGACUUUAAUCUGUGAUGUCCAUUCAAUAACAAGUGAUAACCAUAAAUGGACCCAGGAAGACAAACUUUUACUUGAAAGCCAACUGAUUCUAGCUACAGCUGAACCACUGUGUCUUGAUCCUUCGAUUGCAGUAACUUGUACUGCAAACAGACUGCUCUAUAAUAGGCAAAAAAUGAAUACUCGCCCAAUGAAACGGUGUUUCAAGAGAUAUUCCAGGUCCUCUCUGAAUCGGCAGCAAGACCUGUCUCACUGUCCUCCACCUCCUCAGCUGAGGUUACUGGAUUUCUUACAGAAACGAAAGGAAAGAAAAGCAGGUCAGCAUUAUGACCUCAAAAUUUCUAAAGCAGGAAAUUGUGUAGAUAUGUGGAAAAGGAGUCCCUGUAAUUUGGCCAUUCCUUCUGAAGUGGAUGUGGAGAAAUAUGCUAAAGUGGAAAAAUCUAUCAAAUCAGAUGACUCACAACCAACAAUUUGGCCAGCCCAUGAUGUAAAAGAUGAUUAUGUAUUUGAAUGUGAAGCUGGUAAUCAGUAUCAGAAAACAAAGCUGACCAUCUUGCAGUCACUUGGUGAUCCACUUUACUAUGGUAAAAUACAGCCAUGUAAAGCAGAUGAAGAAAGUGACAGCCAGAUGUCUCCAUCCCACUCAUCCACAGAUGAUCAUUCAAAUUGGUUCAUUAUUGGGUCAAAGACUGAUGCUGAGAGAGUUGUUAAUCAAUAUCAGGAAUUGAUCCAGAAUGAAGCUAAAUGUCCAGUCAAGAUGUCGCACAUCUCUAGUGGCUCAGCCAGUCUGAGUCAGCUUUCUCCAGGAAAAGAAACAGAACAGCCUGAGACCGUGUCAGUUCAGUCUUCAGUAUUGGGGAAAGGAGUAAAACAUCGACCUCCACCCAUCAAACUUCCCUCAAGCUCAGGAAAUAGUUCAUCAGGUAAUUAUUUUACACCACAGCAGGCCAGCAGCUUUCUUAAAUCUCCAACUCCUCCUCCAUCUUCUAAGCCACCAAGUCUUUCUCGGAAGUCAUCCAUGGAUCUCAGUCAAGUUAGCAUGCUUUCUCCAGCUGCCCUGUCACCUGCCAGCUCAUCACAAAGAUCUGGAACUCCUAAGCCAUCUACUCCUACACCAACCCCUUCAUCGACCCCACACCCUCCUGAUGCUCAGAGUUCAACUCCUAGUACCCCUUCAGCCACCCCUACUCCCCAAGAUUCAGGCUUCACCCCUCAGCCCACUUUGUUAACUCAGUUUGCUCAGCAGCAAAAGUCUCUGAGCCAGGCAAUGCCUGUAACGACCAUUCCUCUUUCCACCAUGGUAACAUCUAUAACUACAGGAACCACGGCCACCCAGGUCAUGGCAAACACUGCUGGACUUAACUUCAUCAAUGUAGUGGGCUCUGUUUGUGGGGCCCAGGCUUUGAUGAGUGGUUCAAACCCCAUGCUGGGCUGUAAUACUGGUGCCAUAACUCCUGCAGGAAUAAACCUGAGUGGCCUUCUACCCUCAGGAGGUCUGCUACCAAAUGCAUUGCCCAGUGCAAUGCAGGCAGCUUCUCAAGCAGGUGUUCCAUUUGGUUUAAAAAAUACUUCAAGUCUCAGGCCUUUAAAUCUACUCCAGCUUCCUGGUGGUUCACUCAUUUUUAACACCCUGCAGCAGCAGCAGCAGCAGCAACAACAGCUCUCACAGUUUGCACCACAACAACCUCAGCAGCCCGCAACUUCUAGCCCUCAGCAGCCAGGAGAACAGGGCUCUGAACAAGGUUCAUCUAGUCAAGAACAGGCCUUAUCUGCUCAGCAAGCUGCUGUUAUUAACCUUACUGGAGUAGGAAGUUUUAUGCAGUCACAGGCAGCUGUGUUGUCUCAGCUUGGCUCUGCCGAGAACAGACCUGAGCAAAGCCUUCCUCAGCAGAGAUUCCAGCUCUCCUCUGCCUUUCAACAGCAGCAGCAACAGAUACAACAGUUGCGAUUCUUGCAGCAUCAAAUGGCUAUGGCAGCAGCAGCAGCACAAACAGCUCAGCUACAUCAUCAUCGGCAUACAGGCAGCCAGUCAAAAAAUAAAAUGAAGAGAAGCACACCAACCACUCCAAAAUUAUGAGUUAUUUUUUCUUUUUUAAAAACACAACAGCAUUGAAUCAAAAUAAUUGUUUCUACUUCAUUUUUUAAAAUGUGUCAGUAUUUUACAUUGUUAGAUGUACAAACUUUAUACAGAAGCACAACCCUAUGAUUUUUAAAUAAAAAUGGGGAAAUGGCUUAAGGAACCAGGGUUGGUUUGCCUAAGUCAUUGCUUUUUAAAAAUGGUUUCACUGUACAUAAUAUAUAUGGAAGUGGCCUAAGAAAUACUAGAAACAUCUUUCAGAAGAAUGUAGUUUGAUAUUUAUUUAGUAUAAAAAGUUUGUGCACAGUGUAACAAUAUAGUUUUUACAAAUCUGUUCGGAA